AUGCUUGAAACGGGCACUGGCAGCGGAAGCGGGGUGUCAAAAGUGGGAUCAGAAUCCCUGAGGUCCCUCGCGGGGGUGGUGCAGCCAUCGGGAGCGGAAUACGGGCUUGGCGUGUUCGACAAGAAGGGGGAACUGUCCCGGGCGGAAGGAGUAGCCGUCUUUCCCGGGGGGGUCGUCGACGUAAGAGGCCUCGGGCCUCACCUGCAGCACGGAGAUGUCGAUUUUCAGGGCUUCACCGCUCGAAAUAUCUCACUUUCCGGGGUAUCCAGCAUCACCGGCCUACACCAUCUGGAAGUCCGUCGACUGUUCAUCGGCGCCCCCCCCCCUGGAGAAACCACCGACAACAACCAUCCCAGCGGCAACGAACAAGCGAACCCUGUGGGUCCGAGUUCUAUUGCGAUUCUGAAGGGCGAUGGAGAGUUGCUGUCGGCUGGUGAGGCGUUUUCCGUCAACCCGGUGACGGGAACGUUGCUGGCACCUCGGUUGGGCCCCCACGAGGUUACGGGGGACGUGGACUUGGUAGGGAACACGAUGCGGAAUGCUGUGCUCGAGAGCCCGGAGAUAAGGGGAACUAUUUCCAGCCUCGACGCCAGCAACCUGAAGGUGUCCGUCCAAGCGUCCGUGUCGAGAGGUCAUCUGGCUGUUUUCUCUUCCCAGACCUCCGAAGACGCAGAUGGCAGUAUCGGCAGUAGUGGUAAGGCUUUGGGACUGGCGUCGGGUGGUGGAGGGUUGGCCUGGCAAGACGGUGCUCUUCAAGAUGUCAGGCUCGGCGGCACGACGACUCUAGAGGGAAACUUGGACCUGGGAGGCCACCGUCUGCUAAACUUCGACUAUGAGACUCCGGACCUUGAGCACGUCGAUGAGCUCACUAUUCGCAGGACCCUGAAACUCGACAAGCACAGCAACGCUCAUCCUCUGGGCGAAAUUCUAGUCGUCAGCGACGGCGGCAGCGUGGCCCCAGCCGACCCAGCCAACCUAAGCAUCAAGGCCUCAUCGGCAUCGAUAGCCCACCUGACCAGCGUCGAACAGCUCACAUGCCAAGGGCACGUUGAGAUCAACGGAGAAACUUUCAUCGCUGGGGGCGUUUCGAUAGACGGGGAGGUUGGGCUGUCGGCGGGGUUGGAUGCCCGAGGUACCGGCGUCAAGAACGCCCGCUUGCAGAACGCGACCUUCGAAGGUGCCAUUGCGGGGGACGUUGAUGUUGACGGGCGCGUCAAAAUUGGCACUUUGAAGAAGAAGAAGGAGGAGAAGAAGAAGAAGGGUGCGCAGGCUGUGGUUGUAGUUGGAGAUGAAGGCGAGCUGAGGGCCGCCGAAGGAAUGGAGUUCAACGACGAGGGAGGUGUUUUCGUCACGGAAAUGAUUUCAGGUCACAAGGUUACCGGCACCGUUGACUUUGGAGGCGAGGCACUUCUCUCCCCCGGUCUGAACUUCACAAUGGGAGGCGGCGUGUCUGGUCUCCCAUCCCUAUCGGUCGGGGAUGGGGGGCUUAGCGUUGACGGAGUGCUUAGCACGGCCUCGGACGUGAUGAUAGAGGGCUCGGUUACUGUUUCAGGUGCCGUCAUGGGCCGCGGGCCGUAUAUGGAUACGUCCGAUGCGCGGAUGAAGAUGGAGGUCAAGGAUAUCUCGGCUUCGGACGCGAUGGCCGUCAUGAAGGGUUUGCGGGCAGUGACGUAUGUACUGAAACCCGAGGCCUUGCUGGCAUCGAAAGCCAGAAACUCUCAGACGAGGACUCACGGAGAUCGUCGCCAACACGGCUUUAUCGCACAGGAGGUUGAACAGGUGGCUCCGGAGGUCGUUGCCGAAGACAGCAACGGUUACAAAACCGUCGCUUACUCCCGCCUGGUACCGACGCUCGCCACCGCGUUGUCCGCAGCGCUUGACCGUCUCGACAGACUCGAAGAAGCACCUGCGUCGACCUCAUUACCGGCAAGCACAAUCACUGCGGAUGAGGCCUACGAAGCAUCUGCAAGGAAAGUUGCUGCCGGGAGGUUGUCGAGUGCCAUGGCCGCUAGUGGAAGUGCGUACGGUGGCAGCAGUGCUGAUAUUGUUGGCAGACGCCCUGCCGUUAGCCCACAACGCCACAAGUCGCUGGAUGCUGUUUUUCAUGAAGAGGGCCAUGUCGGACAGCUUGGUUCGAAGCCGGCAGUCUCGGAUCUCAUACAGCUAUCGGAGGAGAAUAAUGCGCUGCGAGUGCGGGUUGAGGAGAUGGAGAAGAGAAUCGCUGACCUCGAGCGCGGUCUUGCUGGUGUUGCUAACCUCGGGUGGCCACAUGAGAGUUAG